AUGUUCGUAUCUCUAGUUCCAGCUCUGUCGGCGGCUCUCCUGCUUCUGAGCAACGUGGCCAGCGCGGCCGCCGAACUCGAGAUCAACACUCGCGACAACAUCGUAGAAUCUUCGCGGUCACUCGCCAAGGACGUAAUGACAUUCUAUCACGGCGAAGAGCCCGGUAAUAUCCCAGGAAUCCUUCCAGGCCCUCCCACUUUUGACAACGGCGAUUACUGGUGGUACCAGGGUGCCAGCUUAUGGGCUACUUAUCUCGAUUAUUGGCAUUUGAUCGGAGACGACUCCUAUGCCGACACGACCAGCAAAGGGAUGUUGCAUCAGACGGGCCCAAAUAACGAUUACAUGCCUCCGAACUUCACUGCUUCACUUGGCAAUGAUGAUCAGUGUUUCUGGGGCACAGCCGCAUUGACAGCUGCUGAAUACGACUUCCCCAACGUAAACGGUAAAGCCACAUGGAUCGAUCUUGCAAAGGCAGUCUGGAACACUCAGGCAUCGCCCGAUCGUCAGGACGAGACUUGCAAUGGCGGUCUUCGUUGGCAAGUCCCAUGGUCGAAUGCCGGUUAUGAAUACAAACAAAUUCGAAGGACGAUGACUGAACUCAUUGCAGCGGCCUCUAACGCGUGUUUCUUCAAUAUGGGAGCCCGUCUCGCCCGUUUCACUGGAAACACGACCUACUCCGAGUGGGCCGAGAAGACUUGGGACUGGCUUUCCGGAGUAGGCUUGAUUGACAGUGAGACUUGGGCCGUGUAUGAUGGAACUCACGUCGAAACGAAUUGCACUGAAGUUAACAAGGUGCAAUGGUCUUACAACGCUGCAAUGCUCAUACAAGGCGCAGCGUUCAUGUACAAUAACACCAAUGGCUCUGAAAUAUGGCGCGAGAGAGUUGAAAAACUUUCCGGUUCUCUUUUGACGACCUUCUUCCCUAACGGGACAGCUUACGAAGUUGCUUGCGAGCGCCACAAGGGAGUCUGCCCACAUGACGCCCUCUGGUACAAGGGUUACGUACAUCGCUGGCUGUCGUCUGCCACCCAGCUAGCCCCCUUCAUUGCGGAUAAGGUGCUGCCUAUCUUAAAGAGUUCUACUGAGGCUGCAGUAAAGCAAUGUGUAGCCGGAAAGUCGGGACUUGCUAACCAGUGCGGAUUCUACUGGACCGAUGGGGUGUUCUCCGAUCCACAGACCACAGAUAACACCACAGGCGCCGGCGAGGCUGUGAGCGUGCUGGCCGCUGUUUCAAACCUGCUCAUUUCCGACGCCAAUGUACCAGUCACCGAAGCAGACAGCAAAUCCGGGGAUUUGGAUGGAAACAGUCAAGGCAGCUCACCAAGCGGCACUCCAGUCACAACCUCGCCCACGGGUAAAACUACUCCCUCAGGAGCCGAGAGCAUCAGAUUUGAUAUGAAGAUGUCUAUUCUAAUCGGUUCUCUCCUGGCUGUGGGAUGGGCCAUGUAA